UGAAUAUCGCUCGUCGGUAGUUUACAUGGCGGCUAUGUUUUGUUGUGAAUAUACCAAUCAAACAUGACUGAUUUUUGACAGUUAUAUAUCUUCCACACUCAUGAAAGAUGAGUUCGGAAGAGUUUGGAUUAGGUGCUACCGGUGUGGUAGGGUCUCCUGUUAGAAACAGUACCGGUUCCUCCAUGAGCUUGGGUAUCCGUGCAGUGGAUGUCUUACCAAUAUUAAAGGACAAAUUGGCGUUCGUAUCAGGAGGUCGUGAUAAGAGAGGUGGCCCUGUUUUGACUAUUUUAGCUAAACCAAACUUAGACCGGGUACGAGAAGAUGAUCUUAAGAGGCUCCUGCGUUACUUAGCCAGUAUUCCAAAGCAAGAAGUAAAAGAAUAUGGAUUUAGUAUAGUGAUUGAUAUGAGAGGCACAACAUGGAACUUGGUGAAACCACUUCUUAAAAUUUUACAGGAUUGCUUACCUGAUCAGAUCUACAUCGCAUACCUUAUAAAACCAGAUAGUCUCUGGCAAAAACACAAAGCUAGUCUUGGAACAUCAAAACUGAAGUUUGAGACACACAUGAUAUCUCUAGAAGGUUUACUGAAAGCUAUAGAUGUAUCUCAACUUACCAGUGAUUUAGAGGGACAUCUACCAUAUGACCAUGAAGAAUGGAUAGAAUUAAGACUUACUAUUGAGGAUUUUCUUUCCCGUGCAAUUUGUCUUAUGGAUCAAAUGGAGAAGCUACGUAUCGAGAUGAGCGCUAAAAAUCCAACCAACGACAUUCACGCUACCCAGCGGAGGAUUGAGGACCAUUCAAACCUUCGUAGGGAGAUUUACAAUAUCCCUAUUGAUCGAAUUAAUCAGGAUGGACAUCGUCUACUACGCAAAAUAUGCGGUUUUUCAGCUGAGGAAAGUACAACCGACAGUGGUUACGGGAGUAGCUGUGGUAGUUAUGGUGGACCACCGAGUAUGACAAAUCCAGAUAUUCAGAGUAUGAAUCCGUCGAUCAUGAAUCUGAUGGACAGCAUCGGCGUCCGGCGGCAGCAUCUGUAUCAUGUUUGGCAUCUCAAGAAGUUGAAGCUUGAUCAAGUUCUUCAGAUGAGACUCUUUGAACAGGACACCACCGAGAUUCUGGAAAAUUUGCAGCAUAACCAGGAUUUAUUUCUUGUGAACCACACGGACAUCGGAAACUCAGCGGCAAUGUCAGCUGAACUACAGCAGGAACAUGAACAUUUUGCAAAUAAAGUUAAGUCCAUGCACCAGGAUAUCAGUAACAUUCUGACAGUAUCAAGACAUCUAGUUGGCAGUGGUCACUAUGCUCAGGAAGAGAUCCAGUCCAGAGCAGACCAGUUACAGAAGGAAUGGAGAGCAUUUUCGAAGGCACUAGAUGAGAGAAGCAAGCUGUUGGAGAUGUCUGUUGCAUUCCAUAGCAAAGCGGAAGAGUAUUUGUCUCACGUGUGGGGAUGGGCUACACAUUGUCGAGGUCACAGUUCACCCUUGCCGACUAAAAUAGAGGAAUUGGAGUCUGCCCUACUUUCGCACCAACGUCUACAAGAAGAUAUAAACUAUAGCUAUGCUGAACUUCGAACCCAUGGACAACACAUGUUAAAUAAGCUGCAGCAGUUACAGGUGUGUGCAGAUGGUAAAUCUUUACUAGAUGCAUUACAGCAACCAGUGAGUGAGGAAAGCGAGGAUUCCGUUACCGCUCAGGCAGAUUAUUCAAAGUCUGCUACUCAUGUGCUGGAUGUAGUACAUGAGAUUCUUGAUAAUCAUCGACAUUUAGACGAGAUGUGGCAGCAACGUAAGACGGUAUUUCAGCAACAGUUGCAGUUGCUACUGUUUAAACAAGACGCUGAAGAGGUUUUAAAUUGGUUGGACAACUAUGGUGAGGUAUUCCUUGGAAAGCAUACCGGUAUUGGGAAAUCACUCAAAAAGGCUAAGUCACUACUAGAAAGGCAUGAGGAAUUUGAAUCUAGAGCUAAGAAUACAAUCACAAAUGCAGAUCGCCUGCUAGAGAAUGCUCGUCAGCUAAGCCAACGUGGAGAGUGCAAUCCUGAAGAAAUUCAACAUGUUGCUGGGAUACUUCAAGAAAAAGUUUUUGACUUUGUCAGUCGGGUCGAGAAACGACAAAAACUUCUAGGAUUGGCAGUAUCGUUCUAUACACAUAUCAAAGAGUUAACAAGUUGGUUUAAGGAGCUAAGGGAGAAGCUACAAACUGAAGAAAUUGGAGAAUGUGUGGAAGAUGCAGAGAAGAUUCUAGCAAAGUUUAAACACGAACAAGCGAUCACAAUUAAAGCUUGUUUAAACACAUUGAGUGAAGGUGAUUACUUUAUAGAGCAGCUAAGCACUGCAGCAAUGCAAGCACCAGAAGCAAAGUAUGGAGAGGCCUGUGGUCAUAUAGAAGCCAUGGUAACCAAUCUCCGUAGCAACCGGCUUCAGUUGAAUGAGAUGUGGGCGACCAAACGUAUUAAGCUCGAACUUUGCUUACAACUUAGACAAUUUGAGAAGGAUGCUUUAGAGCUAUCGAGUCAGCUUCAGAUGUGGAAAGCAGACUUAGAUUGCACUGAUAUACAAUUUGACUUUGACCUCCGCAAAGCCGAGGUCAUGUCGGAGCAACAUUGCAUGCUGAUGAUUAAUAUUGAAGACAACGCCAUCAGGCUAGUCCAACGGGGCCAGGAGCUGAGUCAGGCAUUUGAGGCAAACGGAGUUGAGAUGAUGUCCACUAGUCACAUGACGGCACAGAAUCGGAUCCAAGUUCUGCUGGAAUUGAUCCACGAAGAAUACCAAGAUGUUGAAAAGCUUGGAGCUAUACGACGACUCUUGCUGGAUCAAUGUAUUCAUCUACGACAUUUCGAAUUUGAGGCCCAUCAGGUAUUGGGAUGGAUCAAGACUGAGGAAGCCAUGCUGGCUACCAUGACAACCAUAAUUACAAAUCAGCAAGAGGCUGAGAAUCUCCUCGCUGACCAUCAGCAAUUUGAGAUGACAAUUGAGAAAACUCAAGAAAGUGCAAUACAGCUCCAGAAUCGAGCUGAACUACUAAUUGAUGGGGAGCACUAUGACAGUGAAGCCAUCUUCUAUUUAGCAAAAGAGGUGGAGAACCAUUGGCAUCAACUGAUUAUGAUGGCAGAGGAUCGACAGAAGCUCUUCACAUUUGCCUGUAACUUUUACAAGACAUCAGAGAGGGUAUUCUCUGUGUUGAGUGACCUUGUGCGGCAGUAUCGUGUUGAAGAAGACUGGUGCUGCUCUUCCAGCAAUGCUACCAUUAGUAUCGACGAGAUGCAGAAGCUGCUGAUGAAGCACCAGGACCAGAAAGAGAGCUUCCUGAAGGCAUGCACCAUGGUGCGGAAGAAUGGCAUCGGCUUCAUCAAGUAUUUAAACAAGUGCAACAGCCCAUUCCAGAUGCAUAUGCAUGUUGGCGUUGGGGAACAGACUAAAGCGCUAGAAUCUGAAGUACAACAGAAUCUAGAGGAUCUGAGACAAGCAGAAGACAACUGCCUAGAUAGGUGGGCACAGAAGAAACUUCGUCUGGAUCAGUGCUAUAAGUAUGUUAUGUUUGAAGUGAGCGCCCGCAAGUGUCUGGACUGGAUCCAUGAUAGCGGUGAAUACUAUUUAUCAACACACACCAACAUUGGCACAACGGUUGAAGAAACACAAGCCUUACUAGAUGAGCACAAUACAUUCAAAACAACUGCAAAGGAGACUCGUGAAUCUGUAAAACUUCUUCACCAACUCGCUGACAAUCUUGUCACGUCCCAUGCAGCUAGUAUCAAGUCAUGGGUAUCAACCGUGGAUAAGCUCUACAAGGAUUUUUCCACCCGUAUGGAUAAGUACCGCGCACGGCUGGAAGCAACCCUCGGAGUUAGCCAUCAGGAGGAAAUUCAAGACCUGUCAUUGGAUGCAUCACGCAUGUCCGAUCCAAUCCUUGAGGUCAAACUAAGACAUGUCCCCAAGGAGCUGAAUGAAAGCAAGAGAAAAUCAGCCAAGAAAAGAGAUUACAUCAUGCAGGAAUUGCUACAAACCGAGCAGGCUUACGUCAGGGACCUGGAGUAUUGUAUUAAAGCUGAAAAAUUUCAGAUGUAUGUAACAUAUUGCAAGAACAAGCCAGACUCAAACGCUCUCCUCAUUCAACAUGCAGCUACAUUCUUUGAUGAUUUGCAAGCUAAGCAUGACCUGGCUCUGUCGGUUCAGUCGUACUUAAUCAAACCAGUGCAGCGAAUCACAAAAUAUCAACUCCUACUAAAGGAUCUGAUGACCUGCUGUGAGGAAGGCACAGGUGAAAUGAAGGAGGGUUUGGAAGUUAUGCUGAAUGUUCCAAAGAAAGCAAAUGAUGCCAUGUCCCUCACUAUGUUGGAAGGUUUUGAGGACCUUGAGAUGGUUGGAGAUGUUUUGAUGCAAGAUACCUUACAAGUGUGGGAUACCAAACAAAUCAUACGUAAAGGUCGUGAACGUCAUCUGUUCUUAUUUGAACGUUUCCUAGUCUUCACCAAGGAAACCAAAGACAGUACUGGUAAAACCAAGUAUAUGUACAAGAGCAAGAUGGACACUGCUGAUCUAGGAAUCACUGAACAUAUUGAGGGUGACAGCUGCAAGUUUGCUGUUUGGACGGGAAAGACACCAACAUCAGAUAACAAGAUUGUAUUCAAGACUACAAGUUUAGAAAACAAACAAGAUUGGGUACGAAAUGUCCGAGAGGCCAUCCAGAGUAGACAUGGGCACUUAAGGAUAGCGACCAUUCAUGCCAGCCGAGGGAACAAUUUGAAGAAAGCAAAUUCCAUCCGCAAUUUGAGGCAGAAAGCGAACAGGUCAAGUUACCUUGACGACAGCACAGGAGAUGAUUGCUCUUUGAUUGACAGGCAAGAGCGUGCAUCAUUAACAUCUGUCUCCACCGUCAAUACGAAUAAGUCUGGGGACAGUGAUAAGUUUGAUACACUGAGUCAAGUCAGUUCAGACUAUGCACCAAUCCCCAGCCAUGAAUCUGUGAGGACGUCUAUCCAUAGCGACGAAGGACAAAUCUACCCACAAACUCCGCAAACUAUACCCACACCACAAAUAAAGUACGAAUCAAGACUCAACAGACGGGACAGUGGAGAGAUCUUGGAUGAAGUUAAGCCCCUCAAAGAGCAAAUUGAAUACACAAAACGGACAUCAGAAAGCUCAUCAUUGGACAGCUACUUUGAUGGGUCAACUUCCUGUUCAGGGUCGAACAUGGAGGAUGAUAAAUAUUCGAAUGAGGGAACAGGCUCCUCUUCAGUGCCUCUCGCAAAUUUAGGAAGUAAUGACUCACCGGUUUACAAGAGAAAAGGAAGUAUAAAAAAGUGGUUAAAGAGUCCUGUCAGGAGGAAACUCAGUGGGAAACAGUCUGACAAGAAAGAGCAAGCAAAUGGUAAAAGCUCUAAGCAACAACUUGGUAAUUCACAUAGUGAUCCUAGUAGUAAAGAUUAUGACCCACCACUGGCUCAGCAGGAAGACUUAGGAGAAGAGGAACGAGUUGCAAGCCAGGAGAAUCUAUUGUCAAAGAAAGGUACAAAAAUUGAACUUGUGACUGAGGACGAGGAGACAUAUGAAGCAGAACCUUCCCUCUUACCGCCUCCAAUGGAACUCCAGCGUCAUAGCAACCUAAUGUCCUCAAAGGAAGGAAAGGAAGAAAACAAAGAGUCACAAAUAUCCCUUGGUGCUAUCCCAGCCUGCAUCACAGGCUCAGCCUCUGAGAUAGCUGCAGAAAUUGAGCAAAUGGUUCGUCUAAGGAUGGAUGAAGAUAAAGAAAUAGAUACAAAGGAAGGAGAAUGUACUGAGGGUGUAAGUGAAGAUAAGGAAACAGCACCAGUGUCAGACGAAGAAGCAGAGGAAAAAGCAGUGGAAGAAAAGAAAGCCGCAGCAAUACUGAAAAGAUCAUUCCUUCUUCAGGAACUUGUUGAUACUGAAACAGAGUAUGUUCGAUAUUUGGGCAAAAUAGUAGAGGGUUAUAUGCAAACGAUGAAGGAAGGGAAUUUACCCCCAGAUAUGGAGGAAGGAAAGAUGAAGAUCGUCUUUGGUAACAUCCACCAGAUCUAUGAUUGGCACCGAGAUACAUUCCAAAUAGAAAUUGAAAAAUGUCUAGAAGAACCAUACCUAUUAGGAAUGCUUUUUCUGAAAUAUCAUAGACGUCUUCAGAUGUAUGUUCUUUACUGCCAGAAUAAACCAAAAUCUGAGUACAUUGUAUCUGAAUAUGAAUCAUUUUUUGAGGAGUUGAGAGUCAAAUUAGGGCACAAGCUGAAUUUGGCAGAUUUACUGAUUAAACCAGUUCAGAGGCUAAUGAAAUACCAACUUAUACUGAAGGAUAUACUGAAACAAACAAAGAAAGCAAAUGAAGACACAAAAGAUCUUGAAGGUGCUAUUGAAAAAAUGUGUGUGGUGCCUAAACAAGCUAAUGACAUGAUGGCAAUAGGUAGACUUCAAGGAUGGGAUGGUAAAAUCAAUGCACAGGGCAAUCUUUUAUUCCAAGACACACUUCUAGUGUCGGAAGGAGUAGGGACCGCAAAAUGGAAAGAACGCAGGGUGUUCAUGUUUGAACAAAUCAUCAUUUUCAGUGAACCGUUAGAAAAGAAGAAAGACUUCAGCAACCCAGGAUACAUAUUCAAGAACAGUGCUAAGAUAAACACUAUGUCCUUACUAGACCAAGAAGAUGAUCCAUUGAAGUUUGGUUUACGAGUAAAGACACAAGCAGGAACAGAAACAUUCUCCAUCCAAGCUAGUACACCAGAAUUAAAAUCAACAUGGAUACAUUACAUCAAGAAAGAGCUAAACAGACAGUAUGACUUUCUCAGAGCAAUCCAGUCACCAAUAGAAUACCAGAAGGAAUUGGAAUCAAGUAGUCCAAAUAAAUUUGGUUACUCGUCACCGACAAAAUCUAGUAAGGACUCCAAAAAGGGACAUUUUCUGAAGCUACGCAAGUCACAAAGUAGUCAAACUUCAAAAGACUCUGAAGAAGGGUCAGAUGAUAAUAUUAAUGCAACACAACAUUCAAGUUUAAAACGUGAACGGCGCAAACACACAACAGCCCCCGCUGCAAUUUCUGUCUUUGAAUUAAAGAAUAAGGAACAUUUAGAAGUGCCCAGAAAGGACGGUCCUAAAUCACCAGAUGUUGGACAUUUAGAUCGAGAAAAUUCACCUUCAAUACGCAAGAAAUUCUUUGACGGCUUUAUGUUUUGGUCAAAAUCAAAAGAGAAUUCUCCCGUAGGAUCAAAAGAAAGUCUAAAAUCCAGGGGAUCUGGAGAUUCUCAAUAUAAAGAUGUUUUAUCAUCGAAAGAGAGUCUAGGGAAAGGGAGCAGUAAGUCGCCGUCCCCAAUCUCAAGUCAUUCUGAUCUUGUUGGCAUUAGCCAUCAUGAAUCUCUUGUCAACAAUAAUAAGCCAUCUAGGAUUCCUGUACCAAAAGGUCAUGUAUCACGAAGUGAUAGUCCAACCAAAACUGCAAAAACUCACCGAGGCUCUGGCCCAGUAGAUACUAGUAAACAUAGUGUAAAUGGUUCACCAAGCCCUGUUGAACACAGGAGUGGAUCUAGUUCGAAGGAGAGUGGAAUUCCUGUUUCACGAAAGACAUUAACUGACAAUGUGUCAUUAAGGAUAAAAGAGAGAGCAUUCAACGAGGCAAAUAUUCAAAAUAAACAAAACCGCUCAAGCUGUGCUUCAGCUACAAGUUCUGAAGAUGUCUUUGAUGGUAGUGAGAACUCACCAUGUCUGGCAUCAGUGAUCACCACUUAUAAUGCCGUCAAGGAGGACGAGAUUAGCAUUGCUAAAGGAGAAACAGUGCAAAUAUUGGCAGCCAAUCAGCACGAUAUGUUCUUAGUCCACCGGCCCGCCAAUGACGUUUCACCGGCAGCCGAGGGAUGGAUACCGGCGCAUGUACUUGGGACAACGCGUGAACAGCUUCAAGCCGAAUCCUGUACUAAAUCACGGCAUGGCUCCUCAGAAUUCUGCGAGAACUGUAUGUAUGCAAAUGAGAUUGAUGUUGUCACACCGACAGGAAGGAGCAAAUCCGAAUGUCGGGAAACAAAUUUAACCAACAAAGUAUCAUUACAGUUGUUGCAUCCAAACUUUAUUUAUGAAGCUGCCCCAGAAUUUGUUAUUCCGCCAUUCAACCAGUGUGCUGUUGAGGGCUCAGUAGCAUCUUUUACUUGCCAAGUGAUCGGUCGACCCACGCCUAACAUCUCUUGGAAAGGACCGGACAACUCAGUACUUCAUCAGAACUUCAGAACUCGUAUGUUUGAGCUCCAUGAUGGACUAGCAGUAAUAGAAAUUGUUGGAUGUACAUUUGAGGAUCGUGGGAAAUAUACAUGCUUCGCAAGUAACGAUGCUGGGUCCAAAUCAUUAAGUGCAAUUUUAUCAGUAAAAGGUAAGCCAGGCUCACCAAGUAUUCCUACCAUCCAUGAUAAGACACCAACUUCUGUAGUAAUUCGAUGGCAACCACCUGAACACACUGGCAACUGCUCAAUCACUGCAUUCACUGUUGAAUGUGCUCAAAAAGGCAAAUCUACCGUGAAAUGGGAAGUGGUAGCCGUGUGUGUAGUUGACCUUUCAUAUCAUGUGGAAGGAUUAACUCCCGGGGGAAUGUAUGUGUUUCGUAUCAGUGCUAACAAUGAAGUUGGGAUUAGUUUGCCUAGCGAGCCAUCUGAAACAGUUACCCUACCUGAAAUGGUUGGACCAGUGUCCAAUACGACAGGACUGGUCACUCUCUGGAGGACAGACUUUGAAGACAAUUUUGUGCUUCUUGGGGAACUUGGAAGAGGGCGUUUUUCUGUAGUAAGGAUGUGCAGUGACCGUGUCAACCAAAGGGAUGUAGCUGCAAAGUUCAUCACCAAGAAGCUUAUGUGUAAAGAUCAAGUUGAGAGUGAGAUGGCUGUUCUAAGAAGUAUCCUCCACCCCUCCAUUGUCCCAUUCAUUAGUUGUUUUGAAACACCACAAAUGUUGAUCUUAAUACUAGAUUUGGUUCCAAAUGGCCGUCUGUUUGAUUUUAUUGUGAAGUUACCUGUGUAUAGUGAACGGCAAGCAGCCACCUAUCUACAGCAAGUCUUGGAAGCUUUGGUGUACCUGCAUACGUGUAGGAUAGCUCACUUGGACUUGAAGCCUGAGAAUAUUCUGGUAGAUCUAAGCAGCAUGAGUCCGGUGUUAAAGUUGAUUGAUUUUGGCGAUUCUGUUCACAUUGACCAUAAACACUACAUCCACACUUUACAAGGAAGUCCUGAGUUCGCUGCACCGGAACUCAUCAACAAGUACUACGUUGAUGUUAAUACUGAUAUGUGGAGCUUUGGUGUGCUGACAUAUGUAAUGUUGAGUGGCGUGUCGCCAUUUCUUGAUGACAGUGUAGAAGAAACAUGCCUAAAUGUGACAAAGGUUGACUACUGUUUUCCUGAUGAAUAUUUUGGUGACAUCAGUGAAGUAGCCAAAAAAUUCAUAUCAGCUUUGCUUCUUCUGGAAAUCAGUGAAAGGAAUUCGGCAAAAGAUAGUAUGGAGCAUCCAUGGAUAAAGACUGUCUCUAAAAACUCAACCAUUGAUUCGCCAUCAAAACAGCUUGACACAACAAGAAUAGCAGACUUCAUCACAAGAAGGAAAACUCAGAAUGAUAUACAUCCAGUGAUACCUGUGUCAUCACAUUACCUGAUUGGUAAAACAUCAACUGUAUAACACACCAAGCAAGUAUUGCAUUUCUUGAUUGGUCAGUUAUGUAACACUAAGCAAGUGUUGCAUUACCUGAUUGGUCAAAUUUGGAAUGGAACUGUGACUUGGUGGUUUAAGGUGUCAGCUUUCUGAUACCUAGGGCACCCCCUCAUAAUAAACACUUGAUUAUUACAGGUCCCAAAUUACCAAUGUUUCUGCAUGGAUUUCUUUAGGUAUGGAGAGAUUACAAACAAAAAAAAACUAUAGAAUAUGAAUAAAAUGUUUUGAAUAAAUAAUAAGGAACAUGACAGGAGUAUAUUUGCAUCUUAUUUUGCCUAUCUUUCCCAUCCAUGUCUGGUCCGACAUAAAUAAAUAUACAUUAAGAUUAAAUAAAUAAUUAAAAUUAAUUAAUUCACAUAAUAAUGCGGAAAAUGGCUACAUGUACACUCGGCAGGUGGAAAACGGCGCCACGAGCACCCCUACUAGGAAUGGAUACGUGCGCGUAACAAAAUGACAUUAUUAUUAUUAUUUAAUAAUAAAUUAGGUAAAACUAAACCAAAAAUUAAUAUAAUUGUGUAAUUUCUAUUAGGAAAAUUUGCAGCUAGAACAAUUUAACUGUCUUACUUUAGGAAUAUACUUAAAAUAUAGCUUCAGUGUUAGAAUAGAGCCUUGUUCAUUUCCAUAUCACCAGGUGCCCUCUAUACAAUGCCAGUGGUUAUGCAAUGUGCUGUUAUUAAAAUCUUUCACUUGAAAAUGAAGGACAUUUCCAAAUUACAGGUAAUUAAACUGUAAUUAAAACAACAAAGACUCUUUAUAUCAGUUAAAUAGUUGCCACUGUGUUCAUUAAGAUUUUAAAUAUGUUUUUAUUUUUUACACUCUUUCAUGAAUUAUAAUUUAUCAGUGAUUGGUAGUUGUAUUCAUCACAACAUCAUCAGGUUCAAUUUGGAUGUGCAUAUUCUAGUAGAAUAAGACAUUGAAAUGAGUGCUACGGAAGUAGCAAAACUUGUAAAAAUUAGAUUAUUUAGAGGCGUAUUGCUACUACCUCUAAGUGUGUGUAAGUGGAUUGCUGUGCGUGUAUGUGUUUGUAACCAAGACUGUACAAUUUGUAAAUAUCACCAACUAUAAUAUAUGUAGAAAGAGAAAAAAACAUGAUGUAUAAAUUACUUUCAGAUCAAUUACUGUAUUUUUAUUUUAAAUUUAAAAAUUGUAGAAAAUGAUUAUUUAAAAAUAAUUGUGUGGAUGAACUCAUCCAAUUGGUAUCCAUAGAGGUCAUUGCUAAUAAUGAAUAUUCAUAAGCAAGGUGUGCAAGAUUGUAAUGCAUCAUCCGAUCUUUAGGUCAGUAUUUAUAAUAUACCAAAUGAUGUGUCUCAUUUUCGUAUUGAUUUACAACAGUAUUGAGUCGGAUGUUGAUCAUGCCGAAUCACGAUAAUAAAUUGGACUUUUAGGAUAUUUAUUUGAAAUGAAUUAAUGACAAUGCAAUGAAAUAUGAUUGUGUAUAGUGUACAUCUAUGCCUAAUAUACAUCAUGUAUUAAUGUAAUCAUGACUAAUAAUUAUUGAUACAUUAAUAUAUAUAGUAUUUUGGUUUGUUUUUUUUUUUAAGUUUUUAAUCAAUGUGUACUUUUGGGUCUAUUUACUAGAAGUUCACCAUAAAAACGUAUUAUUGAAACUGAUUAAAUAUUGAGUGCAAAGCAGAGUAUUUAGAGUACUGACUCUAGUAAAUCCAUCAGGUCCUUAAAUAUUGAAGAUAUAUCUCCAACUCUGUCCACACUAUACAUAUGACAAAUACCUGUGAUUUGGCCAUAUAUGGAUGUGCUGUGACAUUCUCAUGCCUGUAUAUGGAGUGGAGUUGAAUAGGUUAGUGAUUAAAUUGCUUACAGUACAUCUAAUGUAAAGCUUUUUCUCACGACUUAAAACAACUCCACUCCCUCCUAAAGAGACUUCCCUGAUGAAAAAGCAUCACAUUAUUUUAACUUAUUUAAGGCCCUGAAUAUCAGCCGACCUUCUAUGAUACGCUGGAAGGGUCACCCUCUAUAAAUAUGCAAAAAAAUAUCAUCACUGGUAUUUGUCAAAAAACAAAGCAUAACUCACCAUGACAGCCAAUUGCCCAUUUGCUGGUGCCACAACUGUCUCUGUGUUCAGCAUUUUGGGAUGAACAUUAAACCAAAUGCUUGGGAAGAGAUUUUUAAUUCUUUUUUUUUUCUUAUGUUUCCUGUAACUAAUAUUAUUUUUUAGUCUGAGUGUUUCUACUGUUGAAAGCAAUAUGGUUGUAGUAAAUUGGAAUGACUUAUUUUAUAGUAGUAAAUUCAUACAGGUAAUUAAUAACUGUAAUCCCUUUUGUGUGUGUCAUUUCUUUAAGAUAAUAGAGACGCCUUGCCAACUAUACACCAUCGUUGGUGCACCUGUUCCCUACUGAAUUUUAGUGGACAAUAAAUGAGAGUUUGGACUCUGAUGUAAGACUGAA